AUGACUUCACUUUUCUUGGGAUCAUCUUCAACAGAAGACAAUCCACCACCUGAACCAAUCAACGGUGCAGCAUACUUGACUAAAUUACAUAAAUAUCUUCAGAUAAAUGCCAGUAAAUUAUCGCCAUCUGGACCAUCAAAACAUGCACCUACAAUCUUACAACAAUCAUAUACGUUACUAACACUUGGAUUGGAUCCUAAUUCUGUACCAUUAUCAAGAUCUUUAAAAGUCCCCUUGACACUAGGAUUCGGUCAACCUUCUACAUCACCUAGAGUACAACCUAAAUCAAUCAAACCACUUUUACUUAGAUUACCGCCAGAUCGAUUAUUGUAUCUACUUCUCAGAUGGCAAUCGCUACCUCAAUCUCUAUCGCACGUGGGAAGAACGGAUGUACCGAUAGAAGAGGGAGUUCCUGUCGCUGCCAGAGGAGCAAGGAUAGACGAAAGAGGUAAUAGGGGUGUGGAAGGUGAUGUCACAAGCGUCAGAAGUUGGGUUGGAAGUAUGAGAAGUGUUAGUAUGGGUAGUUUAGUAAGUAAAGAAUCUGGAAGAGGUUGGUUUAGUCGAAAAGAGGAGAUAAACGAAGAUCAAAUCCUGCUACAGCUAUACUCCAUGUUCACCUUACUUCCCGCAUUAUUGAUACAUCCGCCAUUCGUAUCUGAGCCUCCAAUACUGGAGCUGAUAGAAGCGGGAGGGUACACCCAACUUGGAGGGAUAGACGUGAGGGUACCUUUGGACGUGACGAGGAAUCUACAGAUACUGGAGUUGGAGGGAUACGAUCCAAGAGGUUUACUUAUACCCACCAAUCCAGGAAUGAGGAGCUUAACGGUUAAGGAUGUACAAGAUGGGGAUGACUGGAUAGAAGAACUAUUGUCUAUUCCUAUAAACGGAGAUAACGCGAACUCAAAUCAACAAUCUGGACCUGACAUACCUAUAUCGACGAAAGCACGUUUCCCAAACCUUCAUCAUCUAUCUUUGAUCUCCGUCACAUUACUCAACUUCCCACAACUACCAUUAUCCUCAUUGACUCAUUUGGAUCUAUCACAUAAUCUCCUCAACGCUUUACCACCUUCUUUAGCUGGAUUAACUUCCCUCAUAUCACUUAAUUUGUCAAAUAACGUCAUUGUCUCAUUACGCAGUGCAUCAGCCUAUUUACCUAAUGUGAUAUCACUCAAUUUAUCAGGCAACAGAAUUGAUUGUCUAAUAGGAUUAGAUCAAUGCAAUUCGUUACAACGUGUUGAUAUAAGAAGGAAUGAAUUGAUAGAUAUAGGUGAGGUUGGAAGAUUAUCAGUUUUGCCCAAGAUCAAAGAAGUUUGGUGUACAGGAAACGGAUUUGAUAUAGCAGGUGAAGAUGAAUGGAGAAUCCAAUUAGGAACUUUAUUCAAAGAAGAAAGAAAUGAGGUUAGGAUUGACGAUACGGAAUUUACGUGGUCUGAGAAUAGAAGAAUCGAUUCAUUACUCGAGAAGAGAGGUAAACUGAAUAAUGUUGGAAAUAUUUACCAUUCACCACGACCGUCGUCUUCUACUGGUUCAAAGACGCCCAUUGAGCAGACCAGAUCAUUCGUUCAACCGCAUUCAGAGGUAUCACACCAACCCUCCGCAUCGACAAGCAAAGAAAUUCACUCGCGUCCUCAAUCAAAUUUCGGUUCCGUUAAUUCACAAUUUCCGCAGAGACUUUCAACUGAACCGUCAACCAGCAUCAAAUCGCCUUCUUCUUCAGCUGCUGUAGGAAAGAAAAGAGGCAAACGAAGAGUUAUAAGACUUGAUUCUACGGAUGAAAUCACUACACGUGGUGAAGUAAACCUUGAAGAUAGUAUCAGAGGUAGCUUGAAAUUACCUGGCAAAGUAGAUGAAGAAGUUGAGGGAGAAGGAGAGCAAGAAAACAGUUCUACAGUCGAUCAGAAGCAUGAGGAUGGAAAACCCAAUGGGAAUGGGUUGAUCGUACCGGUAGGAGGAAGUGGUAUAGGAAUUGGUGUCGGAAAAGAACAAGGACAGAGUAUAAGAGUUGUAAGCUCGAAGAGGAAAAGUAACAGAAAAGGUUUGAAGAAAGAUACAUUUGAGCCAAUUCAGUAG